AUGAAGCUAAAAACCGCCAUUUGGGCUUUGAAUAUAGCCCAGAUUGCUACAGUGGUGUCGGCUAUGCCAUCUUCUACCGGACGUGCCAACUCGACUGGCACGACAUAUGCCGAUGAUAUGUUCAAUACCGCAAUUGAGUGGAACGACGGUUUCUGGGACGAAGAAGCAGGCUACCUGAUUGCAGCAGCUAGCAAUGACGGUCGUUACGAUACUCGGCACAGCGGCUGGUAUGCAACUCAGUUACUGGCCAGAAAUGGACCUGGGGAUGUUGCGAGAGCUGUGCGCAUCUUUGACAACGUUAUCUCAGGGCAAUAUCUCAACCCUGCUUGGCAAUGGUAUGGAGAUUACCAACACUCGCCGUCGGAGCCCGAGCCUGGAACGCCAGAAUACGUCAAUGGCGGACCGUAUACCUCAUGGGAUCCUAACAUCCGGGACUUCGUGGGGUGCGCUUGGCUUAUGGCUCUCAGCGAUUAUGAACAUCUGCUCCCAGCUGCGACGGUCGCCAAGAUUGAGAAAUCGCUCCUUAUUGCGGCAAAGGGGGAUCUAUACCGCGUUGGUGGAGUCGAUGGCGAUAAUCUUUACCCCUGCUAUUCGAAUCCGUGGUUGAUGGGGACCAUCCUAGUAAGCUGGGUUGGUACACGGAUGGGCGAUAAGAACUUGACACAGGCUGGGGAGAAUUCUGCACAGGAGUUUUACGAUCUCUGGAGCCAGCAUCGUACUCUUUCUGAGUUCAACUCCCCAACCUAUGCCGGUGUCUCUAUGUGGGCGUUAUCUCUGUGGAGUAAAUAUGCCGCCGAGGACAGUCUAUUGAAGAAAUACGCUCCGGAGGUCUUGACUACGACCUGGAAUGAUAUUUCCCGACUCUAUAAUGCGAAUCUAAAGAAUCUUGCCGGCCCUUGGGAUCGCACUUAUGGCUACAACAUGAAGGAAUACACUUCUUUGGUUGGCGCAGUUAUCUGGGGAGCGGUAGGACGGGAAUAUGCUCCAUUCCCGCAACGAACAUCGGGCAUGUAUCAUCAAGAUGAUUUCGCCUUCUACCCGCUAUUUGCUCUUAGCAUGCCGGAGAUGCUGAAGUAUCUCUCCGCAGAAUCGAAGUCCAACUUCAUCAGGUUCCCUGGGGAACACUUCUUUACCGGUCAGGCUUAUUCUCCACCAUUCGACACCUAUCCACGAAACAUCACUACUUGGAUGUCUAAGAAUAUCACUAUUGGAGCUGAGACUGUUGCUGAGCAUGUUGUUGGAGGACCAGCAGAGAGCACUUCUGCAUUUAGCCCUGCUGUUAUUCAGUGGAAGAUCGACAAUUACCAGAUUGGAUGCGUCUCGCAUUGGGUGACCGAAUCGUCUAUUCAUGCUGUAGCUUCUCCGAAAGCUUUGAAAAUCUCCUACCCGAAUGCCACUGCAUCGAGUAGCCCAGUGUCCUUCAACUUCUUAUUCAGCGGACUCAACGUUCGAAAUGGCUUUAAUGUGACUGGACUUGAAGGCUUGCCUGGUCUAUCUCUAGAGGUCAAGACUAAUGCUGGUGCUGACUACAGCAUUGUCUAUGACACCGACCAGACUGUGAAUGAUUUUAUUUUCUACAACAUUACUUAUACGAUGCCAGAGCAUUUCACUGAGGAGCCAUACAUCUCUCUCAGCGUUGUGUAG